AUGAAAUUUGGAAAGGUUAUUGAAGGAGAAUUAGUAGAAGAAUGGGCGUCUACUUACUUUGAUUACAAGAAAGCAAAAAAAAUUAUAGGGGCAAUUCAAAAGAACCCUGGUGAAGGAUUGCCCAAACAAUUGAGUGAAGCAUCUUUCCUUUCCUCAGCAGACAGCACCAACUAUUACGGAAAGACGAUUCAAAGCCUUAGCGAAUUUCUUGAUCAACAGUUAGCGAAAAUUCAAAGCUUCUUUGAAAAGUUGACUAAUGAGGCCGGGGAACGCCUAGAUAUGAUUUACGAUCAAAUACAUAUCUACGAAAAGCUAAAAGACAAGAAGAAAGAGAAAGAAGAUGUGACACAUACAAUAAAGCAAAAGUACCCCUCGAGGGUCCGACAAUAUUUUAAGUCUCUUACGACUAAUUUUCAACCAGUCUUUCGUAUUCCUGCCCGAAAGGGUGUACCGACAGAUGCAUACACUCCUGACGUUAGUUACCGUAAAUUAAAGUCGAAACUGAAAGUGGUGAUGAUGGAAUUCUAUGAUUACUUAAAACUUAUUCUACAGUACCAAAGCUUGAAUGAACAGGCAUUCCGGAAGAUUAUUAAAAAAUAUGAUAAGAUUUUUCACACACAGUUGCAAACAAGAUGGAUGAAUUACCUAUCUAAUUUUUCUUUUACAAAUACUGCUAUAACCGGCCAAUGGCAAACAAGGAUUGAAGAUGCGUUUGCCAACGUUUUUACAAAAGGAGACAGAAAGCUUGCUCUUGAACAGUUACGUUCUUUACGUCACAAGCAGGAUUAUUCGUUUAAUACAAUGCGAUUUGGCCUUCUUUAUGGGGCAGGAAUCCCUCUUGCUAUAGAAGGUAUUUGUUAUUAUAAUGGUGAUGAGCAACAUCGGUAUCUUCUUCAAGUUUGGGGUGGCUUUUUGUUACUUAUUUUGGUAUUUGUUUUGUUUUCAUUAGAUUGUUAUUACUGGGAAAAAACUAGAGUGAACUAUAUCCUAAUUUUUGAAUUCAACCAAAGAGAAACCUUGAAUUGGAGACAGCAUAUGGAGAUUUAUUCACUCAUGUUUUUUAUCUUUUCACUCUUCUUUUGGCUUUGUAUGCGAGAUUUUUUCCCUGGAUUUACAAAUUAUUUUCCAGCCCUUUUUUUAGGAGUGGCAGGCGUAAUUUGCAUCUUUCCUCGAUUUCUUCCGUAUUGGCGGUCAAGAAAAUAUUUUCUUCUUCAACUUAUCCGGGUCUUUCUUUCUGGAUUUUCUUCAGUUCAUUUUCAAGAUUUCUUUUUCGCUGACCAGAUGGUAAGCUUAAUUUAUGUCGCGGGUAAUGUUUCUCUUUUUUUCUGCUUGUAUAGUAGACACUGGAACGAACCUCAUCUUUGCAACUCGUCAAAUUCUCCUCUUCUUGGGUUUUUUACAACGUUACCAGCAAUUUUACGUAUUUUUCAGUGCUUUCGAAGAUAUGCCGACUCCCUGCAGAUGUUUCCGCAUUUAGUCAAUGCUUUAAAGUAUAUGUUUACAGUCUGUACACAAAUGCUACUAAGUUUAUAUAGACGAAAAGUUGGUUUAAAAUAUCGUAUUUGCUAUACAAUAUUUGCUGGAAUUAAUGCUAUGUUUUCAUACACAUGGGAUAUAACCAUGGAUUGGUCUUUAUUUAUACGCAAAGACGACCGCUGGGAGUUUCGUAAACAUCGUUUACUAAAGAGGAUAUGGCCUUACGCAUUGGCAAUGAUAUUCAACUUCGUGAUUCGAAUAGCAUUUAUCUUCUACACUAUCUUUCCUAACCACAUUCAGCAUUCCUCUGGUAUUAGUUUCUUCAUUACACUUUCCGAACUUUUUCGCCGGUGCCUAUGGAAUGUUUUGCGAGUCGAGAACGAAGAAAUAUACAAUAGGGAGAAUCUGCGUGCAGCUCGAGAAUUGAAGAUAGAUUUUAUUCGGUCACCUGCGGACAGGUUUCCACAGCCCGUAUCUGGAAGGGAAACCCAGGCUAGUGAUGAUGACGAUUCCGGAGAUGAACCAAUAGAUGCUCAUACUAACAUGGAUAUGUCUUAUGAUCCACGCUCAGAAAUGGGACUUGAAGAAUAA